AUGUCUACCGAAGAAUUUUCCAAGCGCUCUACACCUGUACUUGCCAUGGUUGUUGUCCUGUCAUUUACAUUGUGGAUAUUCAUUUCGCGCAACCAUGAGUAUUCUGGCUCGUUCCCAUCAAUGGUCGCAGACCAUCGAGCAAUUGUUGGUCUACUUGUUAAUGUUGUCUCCUCCAUUCUCUCUGCGCUUCAACUGUUUGUGAUCUGCUCGAUGAUGAACUUCGCUUUCCGGACGAGACUAUUUCGACAGCCCGCCGAGCUUUCUGAUCUCAGCUUCUGGUCUGCAGUCUCCUCCGCCCGAGUGGAAGUAAGGCUACCGUGGCCCAAGGCUACAUUCGUUUGCUUUGUCGCCCUUGUCGGCCCUAUUUUGGCUGGCCUUUGGGCUGGCGCUCUUACUCCAGUGUUCACGACCAGCUCGUCCAUCUCGCCCGGUCAUGCUCUGAUUCCGUUGUACCCUACCUCCGACUACUCAACCUUUGUGCUGAACGCUUCCGGCACUGUGUCCACCACGAAUUGUCUAUUUUCUUACCUCGAUGGGUACAAGUCACGACGAAUUACUUCCUGCCCGACUGUCAAUCUGAUGGCUGGGUUGCUCAAUUCCGCAAGCACGGCAUCCAACCUGACGGAACAUCGAAUUCAUCCGAAGCUUAAUAACGAGACCUGGAGUUUUCAAGAUCGAUCGUAUGGGGUGGGCUCAUCUAUUGGCAUUUACAAUUCCACUAGGCAAUGUGGACCAAACUGUGUUUCGAUGUCAUACGAAGAGACGGGAUAUAGUAGCUCGGUGACCUGCACCAAAAGGAAUGACACCACCAUUAUAUUCGACACGGUGAUGAAGGACACUGCAGUCUUAGUGCUUCGGAGUGAGAGCAUUAUUCUGCCCGGUGGCGUCACAAGCCCAAUUCCUGCAUUCCACAUUGCUCGAAAUCUCGCCAGUGGAGCUGUUUUUGCGUGGUCAGCCAAUUCAUCGACAGAUCUCGGCCACUAUCUGGUGAUUGAAGAUGAAACCGGCGGAUCGGAUGCGAAGUUCUUCAAUCACAUGUUUUGUCAGCUGGCCUUCACUCCAACUUUGUUCAAAGUUACUGCAUUCAUGGAGACCAAAUUGAUCAAGGUAGAGCCGCUCACCACAUCCAACGACCCGGUCCCCGUCUUUGACCCAACAGAAGGUGUUGCCAAUCAAAUCAUGAAGGAUCUAGAUCUCCUAUCCCGUGCUAGCGCAACCAUGGUCGUGUCCUCGUUGACCAACGCCAUCACAGCCAGCCUAAACAUCGUCAAUGCAACUCACAUACCACGACUAGACAUGAAGCGGGCAGCCGAAAUCGCCAUGGAGAACUCCUUGGUCGCACUCGUCGACGACCUCCUCCUCGCCCGCGGUGCUGCCCAAACGUCUUUCAGUGGCCAGCAUCCCGAAAAUCGAGGUGAGGCCGACGCCACAACGACCGUGACCGUAGUGAAACUUGGCUCGGCAGCCUUUGACAUCAUCCAGAUGAUCAUCACAUCACUAAUAGCCGUCUUGUUCGUGGCGGAGGCAUUCCGGACACGGUUCUGGGCCGCGCUGCCGAGAUUUGACUUUGUGGACCUGCGUGCCGUGGUCGCUGCGUGCCUGUCCGGAAUUGGCAAUCCCGGUGGGCAUCACGAGUAUACUCCACUCAGCGCAUCAAUACAACGGGAGAAGAGAGCCUCUACAGUGAUUGGACAAUACGUGCAAUCAGAGCCAACGCUGCGAUGUGUUUCGACCACGGAGACAGGCAACAUGCUUCGCCCCCGGGCACGACAUGCCCAGCAUGUUUCGAAUGCCUUGCUUCAGUCUUCGCCAUAUCAUGUCGAACCGGUGGAUCUCCCACUCUUGACCGGGAGCUCGAACAAUGUUAAGAUGUUUUCGACGCCAGCCAUCGCUACUUACGUUGAAAACAAUGCUUAUCGCGUUUCGUGA